CAAAUCCUAGGGGAAACCGACGAGGAGUCCAACAACUGGCCAUGACGCCCAUAAACUGCCACUCCACUCAUCUCGCCCAUUGGAAACAAAUAAAUAAAAUAAACACAACCCCGAGAGCAGUGGGAUGAGUAAAGAGAUUGGUUUAAUCGGCCGGGCAAAGGUGAAGUCAUUGUUUAUAAAAGGAGACGAGAAAUGCUUCGGAUCAAUCUCCUUCGCGUUCGCGUCUCUCUUCCUUCCGCUCUCUUCAAUCUUCGCACCAAGCUCACGCCCCAAGCCAUGGCAUCCGCAUCUUUCAUGACGUCGUCUCAGCCCACCUCCAACAAGCUCCUCUUCCGCCAGCUCUUCGAGAAGGAGUCUUCUACCUACACCUACUUGCUUGCCGAUGCGUCUCACCCUGACAAGCCCGCUCUGUUGAUUGACCCAGUUGAUAAGACAGUGGAGAGGGACCUGUCCCUUGUAAAAGAGCUAGGACUGAAGCUAAUUUAUGCUAUGAACACCCAUGUCCACGCUGACCAUGUAACUGGGAGUGGCCUAAUGAAGAAUAAGGUUCCUGGACUGAAAUCUAUCAUUUCAAAAGCGAGCAAAUCAAAAGCUGAUCUUCUGAUUGAAGCCGGAGAUAAAAUCUAUUUUGGUGAUCUGUUUUUGGAGGUAGGGCUGCAGUUGCCUGAAAAUUUUAACUAUUUCAUGCAAAAGACCAUGGAAAUUAUUUGA